GAGAGCUCACCACAGAGCUGUUCAUUGCAGCCCUGGUCCUCUGCAGAGCAUCACUCCGCCUCGUCACUAUUUUCCUUUUUCCUGCCUGCAUCCCAGCACACAGCCAUGCUAAGCACGGCGGUGCGGCUCUCGGUCCUGCUCGGCCUCCUCGGCCUUGGGAAAGGCCAGAUGUUUCACAUGGGACCAUGCCCAGAUCCACCGGUCCAAGAAGACUUCAAUAUCAACAAGUAUUUGGGGAAAUGGUAUGAGAUAGAGAAGCUGCCCUCAAGUUUUGAGAAAGGAAGCUGCAUCCAGGCAAACUACUCGCUGAAGGAGAAUGGGAAGUUCAAGGUGAUCAACAAGGAGCUGCUUUCCAAUGGCAAAGUCAACGAAGUCGAAGGAGAAAUCAUGCACAUGGAUGUAAAGGAGCCGGCCAAGCUGGGUGUCCGCUUUAACUGGUUCAUGCCUUCUGCCCCUUACUGGGUCAUCUCCACCGACUAUGAAAACUACUCGCUGGUUUACUCCUGCACUAACAUCCUCUGGCUCUUCCACAUUGACUACGCCUGGAUUCUAUCAAGAGCUCCCGAUAUGCACCCAGAAACCGUGGAGCACCUGAAGAGCGUUCUCCAGUCCUACAAGAUUGACACUGAGAAAAUGAUGCCCACGGAUCAACUUAACUGCCCUUCCGAGAUGUAACUCCCGGCAUGCAGUGACACAGCGCCAGACCAGCCAUGAACUUUGUUGCUUUCUUUAUUAUCCAUUAGAAUUUCUCUAUGUAACAGAGAUAUGUAAUAAGCCUUUCGCUAACGGUAGUUUGCCAGCCCUGCGUUACUCUUUGCUGUUGUUCCCUCUGUCGCUCUCCCCCC